AUGUCCAUCGUUAGUCUAUUAGGGGUAAAUGUACUCAAUAACCCUGCAAAGUUUACAGAUCCAUACGAAUUUGAAAUCACAUUUGAAUGCUUAGAACCACUUAAAAGUGAUCUUGAAUGGAAAUUGACUUAUGUCGGUUCCUCUCGUUCUCUUGAACACGAUCAAGAGUUGGACUCUAUACUUGUAGGCCCGGUCCCGGUAGGAGUCAAUAAGUUUCUCUUCACAGCCGACCCUCCAUCUCCAGAACUAAUUCCAGCUAGUGAGUUGGUAAGUGUGACAGUCAUUCUACUGUCUUGUGCUUACGACGGAAGAGAGUUUGUUAGAGUUGGGUACUACGUGAACAAUGAAUAUGAUACAGAAGAGCUGAGAAAUGAUCCACCCCAAAAGGUGCAAGUUGACCAUGUUGUGAGGAAUAUUCUAGCAGAGAAACCUAGGGUAACCAGAUUCAACAUUGUAUGGGAUAACGAGCAAGAAGACCAGUACCCGCCAGAACAGCCUGGUGUGGAUGAAGAAGAGAUCGAUGAAGAAGACAACGACGACGAAGAAGACGACGAAGAAGGCGAAGAAGACUCCUACGAGGAAGACGAAGAAGAAGAAGGGGAAGAAGACGGCGAAGAACCCAGCGCUAAGAAGAGAAAAGUACAGGAUGACGGAGAGGAGGAGGAGGACGAAGCUGAUGAAAUAGAUCUUGAAGCUGAAGAAGAAGAUGAAGAAGAGGAAGCCGAGGAAGAAGAAGACGAUGAAGAAGCCGAGGAAGUAAAUGAAGAAGAAGAUGAAGAAGAAGAGUCCGCGGUAGCUACUGGAAAAGAGCACGGUACCGAAACGGUUCCAACCCCUCAAGACACUACGGAAGCGAAAUAG